AUGAAGCCCCUCGUCCUGCUGCUGCUCGCGGCAGCCACCGCCGACGACGACGUUUCUGGUUCCUCGCGACUUGGCGGUACGGCGGCGAUCGGCGGUGGUACGACGUUUCCGGUGACGAGACCUGCACAAAAUGUGUCGGCCGCCACGGCGGCGAUCGACCGCUGGUUCCAGUUCCACACGAACAACGAGAGCUACGCGCCCAAAGCCUGGACCGUCACCAAGCCCGACGACGUGCCGCGGCCGUGGCACGAGAUCGGGGCGUCGAGCAAGUCCAAGACCGUGUAUCGAGCCACCGUGAAAGGUAAAUCAGUGAUAGUGAAGGGCCGGAAGAUGCGAAAGAAUGGAUGGACGGGCGACGCGAGACACGACCAGGGGGGCGGCGUGCUGUACCUGGAGAUGGUGUACCUCGAGGCGCUCCGCGGCCGACCGGGCAUCCCCGAGCUGCUGGGCGCGUGGUGGGACGGGCCGCACGUCGUGCUCGUCGUCGCUGACGGCGGCGAGGCCAUUGGCGAGGGCCCCCCGGGCGUCGGCACGGCCCCCAACGUCAUGACGGCUGCCUUCGACGCGCGCGCGCGAAACCAGCCGCUGGCGCUGGCGAGGUCCAUCCUGGAGUGCUUCGGCUCUUGGGCUUUGGAUUUCUUGCAGGACGACCUCAAAGCCCAACAGUUCACGAUGGAUGCACAUGGCACGGUCUUCAUGGUCGACGGCCCGAAGGUCGCGCCGGACCGGCCGCUCGGGCGGGCCAUCUGGCGCGCCUGGGGUCCGCCCGACGUGAGGGAGAGCAAGUAUCCAUUCGUUGCGCACUCGUGCACGAGAGACGCGGACUGUCCCUUCACGAAGGAGAGCCACUCGUGCCGCGGCGCCGGCACGUGCGAGCCCGGGGCGCGCGGCGCGCCGGAGGCGCGCGGGGAAUGCCGCGAGGAUGUCUGCGUGCGGCUCUCGGAGAAGACGCACGUCUACGACGUCGCCAAUCGACCUUGGUUGUUGCCUUACAUAGCGGCCAAGGCCGCGGACCCGGCCGCGGGGGAGUUCCUGCGGAGUUUGAUUCGCCUCGCGGGGCGCGGCCGGCCGGACGACCGACCGUCGUUCCGGGAGCUCGUGGACCGCAUCGACGCGUUCGCGAAGGCGCCCGUGCCGUUCAAGCCGGGCCCGAAGGCGCGCUUAUACGAGUCGGCUCUUAUUCAAAGCAACGACCGGCGCCGCAAGGCGUUCUGGGACUACGCGUCGGUGUCCUUCACGGACCUCGGCCACGCCGGCGGCGUCCUCGUGGACGGCGUGGUCCAGCGGCUCUGCGACGACCGGGGCCUGGCGUGCUGGCAGUCCCAGGUCGACGGCCACGGCAAGGACGUGCCCGUACCCGCGCACCUCGGCGAAGAGGUCGUGGAUCGCACGAAGAACAAGUACGGGCCGCUCACGGCAGAGGACGCGGAGGACUCCGGGUCCCUCGAUAUUCUGGAUGGCGAAUUUCCCUUCAACGUCACGCGCGUGCACCAGGCGUUGCCGCCGAAGGUCUUCGCGUUCACGGUCGUCGAGGACGCGUGGCGCGUCGUGGAGUCCUUGUACGUCGACGGCGGCCGCGCGGACGACCCCGACGCGUUCGUCAACGCGUCGUUCCCGCACGGCGUCCAGCGCCACGUGCAGCGGCUCGCCGGGCUGCAGUUCGUCCCCGGCUCCGCGAUCACGCGGAGCCAGUGCGACCGCGCGCUCCGCAACCUCGACGAGUUCGAUUUAAUCGUAGACGCGGCGUCCCUGGCGACGGGCGGCCUGCGCGACCUCGCGGCGGUGUUGCACGGCCUCUACGACGUCGAGGCGCCGCGAGUCGCCACCGUGAAGCCCGUCGGCGACCUGUCCGUGGCGCCAUCACUACGAGCGCGCGUCCUCGAGGACAGCUGGUGCCACGCCGAGGUCUACGCCGCCGCCCGGUCGAAGCCCGCGUUUCGUCAGGGCGGCUUCUUCCGGGCGCGCGAUGUGUGA